AUGAAAUGUGAUCUAAAGCAGCAGUUGCUACUCACCUGGACUAAAUUCUUUCUCUCAGUGCUUAACACAAUUUGCUUUUCCCUUUCCGUUCGGUCUUCCUUGUUUUCUCUUGCUUUCUCUCACCUUUGUCUCCUUUCUAUUUGUUUUUCCAUCUACCCCUUCUUUGCCCAGAUUGCUACCCUUAUCUCCCCUCUCUUUACCUCCAUUGCCAUCCUUAUCUCCCCUCACAUUGCCUUUGUCAUUGCCACCAUUAUAUCUCCUCUCUUUACCAUCAUUGCCACACUUAUCUCUCUUCUCUUUACCUCCAUAGCCAUCCUUAUCUCACCUCAAAUUGCCUCCUCCAUCACCACCCCUGCUCUCCUCACAUUGCCUCCAUUGCCAUCUCCACAUGGCCUCUUGCUUUUCUUCCAUUGCUACCACCCCAUGUCCCCUCUCUUUACCUCCAUUGCCAUCCUUAUCUGCCCUCAUAUUGCCUUCAUCACAGUCACCCCAUCUCUCCUCAUAUUGCCUCCAUUGCCACUACCACAUCUCCUCUUGCUUUGCCUCCAUUGCCACCACCCCAUCUUUCUUUUUUUCAACUCCUGCUGUGUUCCAUCUCUUUGCACCCAUCACCACUCUUAUCUCCCCUCACAUUGCCUCUAUUACCACCACCUCUGCUCCCUUCACCUUGCCACCAUCACCAUCACCCCAUGUCUUCUCACUUUACCUCCAUCGCUACCACCUGAUCUCCUCUCAUUUUGCCUCCAUCACCACCACUGCAUCUUUCUUUUUGUUUCCAACCACUACCAUCUUCUAUCUUUUGCCACCAUCCCCACCACCUCAUGA